CCUCUUCCCCCAACCCUCCCCCGCGCUCACCUUAAAACCAUCGUGCAUCACCAUGGCGAGUUGCUCCUUCGCUCGCGACCAGGCGACAAGGAGGCUGAGAGCUGCAGCAGCGGCAACAGCGGCAGCGCUAGCUGCGGUGGCGACCACCCCGCUUCUUUCCUCGGGCACCCCGACCGCACUCAUUGGGACCGGGUCGUCUUGUCCGGGAGCCAUGUGGCUCUCCACGGCCACUGGCUCCCGGUCAGACUCCGAGUCAGAUGAGGAGGACCUCCCCGUCGGGGACGAAGUCUGCAAACGCGGCUACCUGCGGAAGCAGAAGCAUGGGCACAGGCGCUACUUCGUGCUCAAACUCGAGACCGCAGACGCCCCAGCUCGGCUGGAAUACUACGAAAAUGCCAGGAAGUUCCGGCACAGUGUCCGCGCCGCGGCGGCUGCAGCGGCAGCGGCCGCCUCCGGCGCCACGGUCCCCGCGCUCAUCCCACCGCGGCGCGUGAUCACCCUGUACCAGUGCUUCUCGGUGAGCCAGCGGGCCGACGCAAGGUACCGACACCUCAUCGCCCUCUUUACCCAGGACGAGUACUUCGCGAUGGUGGCCGAGAACGAGUCGGAGCAAGAGAGCUGGUACUUGCUGCUCAGCCGCCUCAUCCUCGAGAGCAAGCGCCGCCGCUGCGGCACGCCCGGCGCGCAGCCGGAUGGAGAGCCGGCCGCGCUGGCGGCUGCAGCGGCGGCGGAGCCACCCUUCUACAAAGAUGUGUGGCAGGUAAUAGUCAAACCCAGGGGGCUGGGGCACAGAAAAGAGCUGAGCGGCGUGUUCCGGCUCUGUCUUACCGACGAGGAGGUUGUCUUUGUGAGGUUGAACACCGAAGUGGCCAGCGUGGUCGUCCAGCUCCUGAGCAUCCGUCGCUGCGGGCACUCAGAGCAGUAUUUCUUCUUGGAAGUCGGUAGGUCCACCGUCAUCGGUCCGGGGGAACUCUGGAUGCAGGUCGAUGACUGCGUGGUGGCCCAAAACAUGCACGAGCUGUUUCUGGAGAAGAUGAGAGCCCUGUGUGCAGACGAAUACAGAGCCCGCUGCCGCAGCUACAGCAUCAGCAUCGGCGCCCACCUGUUAACCCUGCUGUCCGCUAGGAGGCACCUGGACACGCUCCCGCUGGAACCCAGCGGCUGGCUGAGAAGGUCCCGCUUUGAGCAGUUUUGCCACCUCAGGGCCAUUGGUGACGGGGAAGACGAGAUGCUCCUCAACAGGCGCUACAUAACACCCAGCGAGCCCGUGCCCACCUCCAGGCGAGGAAGACUGCACCUGCCCAGAGCGCGCAGGUCCAGGAGAGCGAUUUCAGUGCCAGCCAGCUUUUUUCGCCCAACACCCAGUCCGGUGCGUGUCCCGCAUCCUGUAGAAGCCCCCAGCCACAGAGCUUGCCUGUCCUCUGAAGCAUCUCGCCCUGGCAACUCUGGGGAAGAAGACAGUCCUCAGGGCAAAGAAGAUCAGGAAGGAACCGAAGGUGACUACAUGCCCAUGAACAACUGGGGCUCAGGAAAUGGCCAGGGUUCUGGAGGUGGCCAGGGCUCAAGUGGCCAAGGCUCCAGUAGCCAGAGUUCAGGAGGAAGCCAGUGCUCGGGUGGAGGGCAGGGAUCCGGACAUGGCCAGGGCUCAAGUGGUGGCCAGGGCUCAAGCGGUGGCCAGGGCUCAGGGGGCCAGGGGGCAGGAGGAAACCAGCGUUCAGGAGAUGGCCAGGGCACUGCGGGUGGGCACGGUUCAGGCAGUGGCCAGGGAGCCAGUGGUGGACAUGGCUCGGGCAGUGGGCAGGGAUCUGGAGAUGGUCAUGGCUCAGGUGGUGGCAAGAACUCUGGAGGGGGCAAAGGCCCAGGAGGUGGGAAGACCCCCGAAGGCAGUGGUGAACGUGGAAAAUCUCUGAAGAAAAGAUCCUACUUUGGCAAAUUAACUCAAACCAAGCAGCAGCAAAUGCCACCACCUCCACCUCCUCCACCUCCACCCCCUCCACCUGGAGCAACUGGUGGUAAAGGGAAGUCUGGGGGAAGGUUCCGACUCUACUUUUGUGCCGACAGAGGAGCCACAAAAGAACGCAAAGAAGCCAAAGAAGUCAAAGAGGCAGAGACCCCAGAAGGUGCAGCUCGGGGGCCCCACAGAGCCAGAGCUUUUGAUGAAGACGAAGAUGACCCAUAUGUGCCAAUGAGGCCAGGGGUGGCCGCCCCUCUGGCAAGCUCCAGCGAUUAUAUGCCGAUGGCUCCUCAAAACUUCUCUGCUUCAAAACGCCACUCUCGAUCACCUUUUGAAGAUUCAAGAGGGUACAUGAUGAUGUUUCCCAGAGAGAGCCCACCACCUGCCCCAAGUCCUCCAAAAGAGCCUGAUCCUGAUAAGGAUGACGAGGCAAAGGACAAUGACAGUGACAGUGACUAUAUGUUUAUGGCUCCCGGAGCUGGUGCAAUUCCAAAAAACCCCCCAAACCCUCAGGGUGGUUCUUCCUCUAAAAGUUGGAGCUCUUACUUUUCUCUGCCAAAUCCCUUUCAGGGCUCCCCAUUGGGACAGAGUGACCACAGUGAGUAUGUACCAAUGUUACCUGGAAAAUUCCUGGGGAAGGGCCUAGACAAAGAAUCCUCAUCUAACAGGGGCCCCAAAGACGCAGUUUCAAAGCCUUCAGUUGAGGGGUCAUUCUCAAAGCCUGGAGAUAACAGCCCCUCCAAGAACAAGGCUAAGAGACCUAACCACCUUUCUUUUAUUACAAAAGGAAAUAAAAUCAAGCCCAAAUCACAAAAACCCACACGUGAGCAGAGAGAAGCUGACAGCUCUGGUGACUACGUCAACAUUGACUUCACUAAGAGAGAUACUAAUAUGCCAGCCCCCUUUAUUCAAGGACUGCCAGGUUCGUGGAGUAUCAUUGCUGGCCCCAGACCAUCAGCCUUUUCUAAUUAUGUGAAUGUUGAGUUCAGAGUGCCAUUUCCGAACCCAGCACACAGCCUCUCGAAUCUAUUAAGAGCUUUUCCAGGUGCCAACCCCCUCUUUCUGGAAGGUGCUAGGUGGCCAUUUGUGCCUCUUCCUCCCAGUGCUACAGGUGGUAAUGCUAAUGAGGAAGAGGGUGACUACAUCGAAGUGAUUUUCAAUCCAGCAAUGACACCAGCCGUGCCUUUUGCUGACAGUGCCAUUCGCUAUGAUGCUGAAACAGGUCGAAUCUAUGUGGUCGACCCAUUUUCUGAGUGCUGUAUGGACAUUUCUCUUUCCCCCAGCCGCUGCUCUGAACCACCACCUGUGGCUAGGCUGCUGCAGGAAGACGGGCUGGAGCGCAGACGCCCGCAGAGCCAUUCGCAAAGUUUCUUUGCCUCCGCUAGAGCCGCUGUCUCGGCUUUCCCCACCGACAGCCUUGAGAGAGACCUCUCCGCCUCCUUAGCCUCCGUAGCUGCGCCAGCCUUAGCCGUGGGCCGGGCUUUGGCCGCCGCCUCCGCCCUCGCCGCGGCCCCGGGCAUCGGUGCGGCCGCCAGAGGCUUGGAGGCCGCCGCUGGACUUGACUCCGCCUCCGUCCGCCGGUUCCAACCUGUUGCUAGCGCUGCUGCCGCCGAAGCGGUAAGGGGGGCCCCAGACGUUGCCCGUGGCUCGAACCCGAGGGCCCCAAACCCAGAUGCAGACCUGGCCCGAGAUGAGAACGGGGCUGCAGCGGCCGCCCCCCCACCGCCACCACCCCGCCGCCGGGUGCCGAUUCCCCGGGAGCGAGAGGAUUCCGACGACGACGACGACACAUACGUGAGAAUGGACUUUGCCAGACCGGAUAACAAGAAGUUCGACUCUCCCCACAGAGAGUGAUUACAUUGCCACAAAAACACAUUCUAGAAGAAAAGUGAUGCUUAUGGAGUUUCAUCUUUGUCUACUCCAGAUCUGUCUACUCCAGAUCUCCCUAAAAGAAAGAGAAUUCAGAGGCUUCUGAAUAGAAAGCAGCUUGAAUUUCUAUAAAAGCCGACAAGUGGAUACAGGCAGGUGAAUGAUCCUAAUACAGGUCAUUCGUACUGCUGCCUUAUGGAUCAAGUAAUUUUGAAUUAAGAAAUUCACACUGUACUUUGUUUUUGUCUUCUGGUUUCCCUCCCCGCCCCUAAUCUGUCUCUUUGAAAAGAAACAAAUACUAUAAAAGCAAGCCUCUCUUGUAACUCUUUCCUUUCCCUCUUUAAAAAAAUGUUAUUUACAGAUGUGUAAAUGUGGCCAACACCAAUUUUACUGAUGUAUAAUACUUAGAUUUAGUUUUGAAGUUGAAAAUCCUUCAAACAAGAGCAGAAAAAGAAAAAAAAGUUACGUUAAUGAGAAGGUAGGUAUGAUCUGGAAUCUUUUUCUUCUGAGUAUUACAUACAUAAAUCAUUUCUUGAUCAAGGAGUUACACGUUAACUGAACUAAUAAUCCUGAUGAGACAUUUCCAAUAUUUUAAAGGCAGGAUCACAGGACAGAUCAUGUCAGUUUUGGCUCAGUAACAAAACUGCAACAUUCUGUCCACAUUCAACGUCAACUAAACUUCUAUCUUGAAUGAACAUUUCCAACAUUUUUAAAGGCAGAACUGAGAAACAGAUUAUUUGUUCAUACAGCACUGUGAUGUUCUGCUCACAAAUCAAUUGAGCGUUUCCAAAAUUGCUUUUAAAAAAUUUUGAAACCUACAUCUUUCCCCUCGAAGAAGCAAAGUUACCCAGAGCCUCCUCACAAAGCCCCUCUCUGCCUCUCUAGGCCUCUUGGCCCCCUUCACCAACCCCCUUCCCACUGUUCCUCUCUUUCUGGCUCUCUCCUGGACACACACUCUCCCUCCUAUGCCCAGGGCUCCUAUAAAGAUAUCAGUUUCCCAUAUUUAAGAAAUUAGUGUGUAUGUAUCAAUCAGUAUUCGAACUAAAACUCAAGCCAAAAGGAACCUCUUACAAAGUCUCGUUUUCCUUUGGAUGACGAACCUAGGUAAGAUGUAUCAAAUUUUAAAAUAUCAGAGCAAGCUUCCUCCUCCUGUUUUUGCUUGCCUCUGAUGGAAACUGAAUUAAGAUUUUAGGAACCUGGACCUUUGAGAACAUGACACUAACAGGUGGUGAUCACAGAGGAUAGGUACAAAGGUCUUGAAGCUUGCUUAGAGCUUUGUUACAUGGUGGCACACCAGCCGUGACUUGUGCCAUCACUGGCAAACCUCAUCAUAUCACAGAUGGGUGUGAGUGUCUGUCUAACUGUGUGAGUGCUAGUGUGUGUGGGCACAUGUAUACGCACACCUUCGUGUACCUGUGUACAUGUGAUUGUAGAUGUACCUGUUGUGCGUAACUCUGUUUAAAAAAAAUUGCUUCGCAGUUAAUGUGCAGCUUUGAAGUAGUGUAAUAUUCACCUCAAGUUUUUUGCCGCUCGGUUUUGAUGUCUUUGAGCGUGUACUUCUAUUUUCAAGCAGGCUUCUAGUACAUGUUGCUAUACUAACUUUUCUGAAGAACCGAGUUGACUUGUGUGUUUUCCUUGCCUACCAACCAGAGGGAUGGGGGGGCUCUGUUUUUCCCUUGUGAAUGGUGCUGAGGUGAGGAUGUGACCGCAGUCCCAACCCCUCCUUCAGUUCCUUCAGACUCUUCUCUUUUCCCCACGUGAUCAAAUAGUGCAGUGUGGCUUUUGUUCAUCCUGGUAACAGUGCACUCUUCAGGCAGCCUUUCUUCACGCCUUCUGUCACCACUUUAUUUUCAAGUAAGUUUCCAGUCACAAUCGUUCAGAAUCGGGGAAAGAAAAGAUGCUUUGAGGGGGAAAAGGCUAUAUUGCUUUAUUUGGAUAUUAGGUUCUGGGGCUGCCAGCAGACAGGGUACAGCACGGAUGUUAACACUUUGCUGAAUAAAUGAACAGGAGACCUCAUACACAACAGUACAUCCAAAUAGUAACAGGUACAAAUAGUCACAGUACAGCAUAACAAAUAUGCAAUCUUCUUGACACUACUUCUUAGUUUACAGACACAACUAAUUUAUUCAGUAUUGUGCUGGGAGGAUCCUUGUAGAAUAUGCGUACCAACAUAUCACUUACCUUCCAGCUACCAGUUUAUACUGCUGUUAAGAAAAACCAAUGAUGGAACGAUUUGUGUGUGUGUCUGUGUGUGUGUCUGUGUGUGUGUGUCUUCUGUGUGUGUGUGUGUGUGUGUGUGUGUGUGUGGUGUGUGUGUGUGACCUCUGCAUUUAAUUUGGUAUCAGACCUACUCAUUUGGUCAAUAACAACUAACACAUUUGCUAUUUCUGCUUCACAGAUCUGCUUUCAGUUGCUCUGGCUUUGUCUUCCUCUGUAAAUACUCUUAUACUCUCCUUUCUUUGUAAACAUCUCAUUUGCCGUUUUGGGAGACAAUCUUGCAACUUUGUAUAGUGUUUAUAUAUAUAUCUGACUUGCCUUUCCGUAGAGCUACUUGCAAUAAAUGUGUUCAUGGAA